UCAUUGGAGCCUCUGCGAAAUAACUUCUGGACCCUGUCCUUGCUGAAUCUUCUAGACUCCAGAAUCUAGAGGGUAUUCCUUAGAACUCAAGGUUCUGUCCAUCUCAGCGCCCAUACCCAGCUAUUCUGGAAGACGUAUGUGUCCUACCUAGGUUGCCCCACCCUGUCCCAAGUACUUGAGGCCCGGAUAAGAGUUGCUUGCUCUGGACUCUCCAGCAGUGGUUCUCAGGGCUGGAGCUAGACCCAGGGUAGAAUCAGGACGCAGCUUUGUGGUCUUAGUCAAAGCUUGUGUCAACUUCUAGUAUGCAGUGUGCAUGCACCACACCAGCGGAGAGGGUCUCCGCCUGGUAGAGGGGCAUAUUCCCACAGCUUCGAAAAAGUAGCAGACCCCACCCUGGCCAUCCCCUGAGGGAAGCUGUUCUGGAAGGCGCGGGCGGGCAGGCAGGCUGGCUCUAGUCUAGGAACACAGGGGCUGGGCUAGUGGGGAAGCCCCGGGCUACACAACGAGAGCAGUGCUCGCAGGGCCCAGGCGGUACAGACCGCAAUGGAGCAACGGCCGCGGGGCUGCGUGGUGGAGGUGAGUGGGGUCGCAGGAGGCCAGAAAACAGUCCAGAACCCGACCUGCAGCCCUGGAGCUAAGCCUCGAAGGGAGGGUCUAGGGGAGCUUCUCAACGCUGCCGAGUUCCCAGCGGGCCCGGUUGCCUUCACCAACGACCUAGUUAGAGGCUCGGGCGCGCCCUUCCGCUGAGAGGAAGCACAGGCUCCCGGGGAAAGGGGUCUGGGGGCCUCCACCUCUCAGAAGGCAUGGCUGGGGGCAGGGUGGCCGAGUCUUGCUGGGUAGAAAGGAAAUGGGCAAAGGUGGGGAGGGAGGCCUCCUCUGCUGUUCAUAAGCUGGUUUUGUAGACAGGGAGAGGGAAGCUAUUCCCACUCCCCUAACCCUGUUCCGCCCAGGAGCCCGAGAAGUGAGUUUACUCGGGCAAAUGCUAGGGCUUCAGGAAUGGAGGAGGUGCCUAGGAGGGAGAGGUCGCCUUCUGGGGCAGCCACAGCUGGGUCAGCUGCACGUGUUCUCCAGCCUCUGUUCCUACCAUCGCUGCUGCUGCUGCUGCUACUGCUGCUUGGUGGCCAUGGCCAGGGUGGUACGCCCGGCAGGUGUGACUGUGCCAGUGAGCCACAGAAGAGGUAUGGCCAGCUUUGUUGCAGGGGCUGCCCAAAGGGACAGUACAUGAAGGCCCCCUGCACAGAACCCUGUGGCGACUCCUCAUGCCUUCCCUGUCCUCCGGGCACCUUCUUGGCCAGAGACAGCCACUUUAAGACUGACUGUACCCGCUGCCAAGUCUGUGAUGAAGAGGCCCUUCAGGUGACCCUGGAGAAUUGCUCCGCAGAGACGGACACUCACUGUGGCUGCCAGUCAGGCUGGUGUGUUGACUGCUCCACCGAGCCGUGUGGGAAAAGCUCACCUUUCUCUUGUACCCCCUGCUCAAGCUACGAACCUACAACAUACCGGCCCUGCCCGCCUGGCUUCUACAUACACGGCAAUGGCUGCGCGUCCUGCCCCACGAGCUUCAGCAGCGUUUGCCCUAAGGCUUGCACUGCUGUCUGUGGCUGGAAGCAGAUGUUCUGGGUCCAGGUGCUUCUAGGGGCCUCGUUCCUUCUUGGGACUGUCCUGAUCUGUGCAUACUGUCGGUGGCAGCCUUGUAAGCCCGUGGUCACUGCAGACAUAGCUGGGAUGGAGACCCUGGCCUCACCACAGACUACCCAUUUCUCAGCAUCAGACAGCGCCCACACCCUCCUGCCACCCCCAGGCAGUACUGGGAAAGUCUGCACCACUGUCCAGUUGGUAGGCAACAACUGGACCCCCGGUUUAUCCCAGACUGAGGAGGUGGUCUGCAGGCAGGCCUCACAACCCUGGGAUCAGCUGCCAAACAGAACUCUUGGCCCUCCUCUGGUACCUCCGCUCUCGCCAGCGCCCCCGGCAGGCUCUCCGGCUGCUGUGCUCCAGCCUGGCCCGCAACUCUACGACGUAAUGGAUGCGGUCCCAGCCAGAAGGUGGAAGGAGUUUGUGCGCACGCUGGGGCUGCGGGAGGCAGAAAUUGAGGCUGUGGAGGUGGAGAUCUGCCGCUUCCGAGACCAGCAGUAUGAGAUGCUCAAGCGCUGGCGGCAGCAGCAGCCUGCAGGCUUGGGUGCCAUCUAUGCGGCCCUGGAGCGCAUGGGGCUGGAAGGCUGUGCUGAGGACCUUCGUAGCCGCCUGCAGCGCGGCCCGUGAUGUGAGGUCCAUCAGCCACUUUGACCCUUGAAGGAGCCUUAAGUAUUGUUACUUAUGCGUGUAGACAUUUUAUGUCACUUACUAACCCCCUGCCGUGGUCCUGCGUAGCAGGGCUGGCUGUGUCUCACCCCUGCUUACCUGCAGGGAACUCCAGCUAAGGGAAGAGUCAUGGAGAAAUACCAGAAGGGGCCAAGUGAUUGGUUUGCUCAGCUGUUAAUUAGCCCGAGUUUGAACUUGGUAUUAAAUUUCGUCAAAAAAGCAA